AUGUAUAAUCAUAAACCCAAAUAUUAUUCAGGGAAUCAGAUUAAUAAUAAUAAUGAUACUUUUGAAGAUAAUUAUGAUGGUAAUAAUGAAAAUUAUCAUGAUGGUAAUGAUAAUUACGAUGAAACUUGGAAGGUUUUCCGUUAUUUGGUGCGUGUACAUAAGUGGGAUGCAUUUGUAUAUUUAUUCCUUUUACUAUGUAAUUCCGUGGAAAUAAAUACUUUAAUGAGAGAUAUUAUGGAAAUGAAGAGCAAUAUAAAUCAAUUGUAUCGUAGAGGGGGAACUUGUGAAGAAAAAUAUUCAAAAACCAUUCAAAUAAUUGAUGAUUACCGAGAAAGUCGAGUGGUUAACAACGAGGAUAAGCGUGCUGAACUAAUAGUCUCAAUACGUCAACAACUCGAAUUACAUAAUAUUCCUCAGGACUGUUCUUUAGAUUUAGUUUGUCUAUUUGAUAAAAUGGUCGACAUACAACGAAAUAUGUUGCUAAAUGAUUUUAUAUCUCGUGUUUAUGGAUUUUCCAAGUUUACAGAGCAUUUAAAUGAGGAAAGGAACAAGAAAGAUCAGACAAGAGUAGAUGAGUGUUCUCAAUUAAAUAUGGAUCAAAAAAAGAACAAGGAACCUUCAAUUAUUGAGAUGAACGUCAGCAAAGCCACGAUGAAUGAAGGAGAAAUGGUUAUUCAAAAGUUGAAACAAGAAAAUGAAGCGUUACGACAGGAAGCUUCUAAAUAUCAAGCAGAAUUAGGUGGAAUAAGGAAUGUCGGGUGGCGUGAUAAUGAUUCCAAUAAUUCCAUGCAACUUGUAAAAGAUAUUGAAAAACUUCAAUGGGAUUUGCUAAAUUUUACCACGGUUAAGCGUGAUCACAUCCAGAUAAAGACCGAUUCCGCAAAUGAACUGUUCAAAGCUUAUCAAUGUGAAACCACAAUCAAUAGUCCAAAUAUGAAAUUAGUAUUAGGUGCGGCUUUACAACAAUACUUGAUUGAUUUGAUCUUGAAAUUCACGGAUGAAUACUUUAACAAGGUAUUUAAUGAUAUUCGAGGUUCUGCUUCUCAAAUAACUGACGAGAUGUUGGAUGCCGCCAUUUAUUUUCGAACAAAUGAUUUAAUUGAACUGAUCAAACGUUUUACCGAGACAAAUGCUGGAAUUGAUGUACAUACUCAAUUAUUGCCCAUCAAGUUACGUCAACAUAUUUACGCCAUGUUAGGUCAACGUAGUUUUGUUAAAUCAAAUCACCCGUUGAUUUUUGAUUUGUUAUCCGAGACAUUAAGUUAUAUGACAAGGAUUAUAAUCUUUAAAGAAAAGAACGAGAAAAUUCAAUUGGAAGCUGCUUCAAUUAUUAGAAAAGUUUUACAUAUUUUUUAUUUUCGUCUUUAUACACAAGAACCAAUUCCUUCAAUUCAUUUCUUUAAAAGUGGUGAAGUUUAUGAUCCUGGCGUUAUGGAGAUAAUGGGACGGGUCGAACGAGACGAUGAGGAUGUUGAAGAAUUAGAAGUAGAAAUUUGUUCAUUUCCUGCUGUCGUGACCUUAAUCGAAGAAGAAGAACGGAGGGUAUUUACUAAAGCUCAAGUGAUCGUCCGACCAAAAAUGAUAAUUUAA